UUCAUUAGUGUCGAAAAUGAUGAACCCCUACAUCAGCUGGGCCCUCGUGCUCGUUGUGGCCGGUGGCCUCGGUUGGUACUACAAUGGCCCGGUUCCCAAAACGAAAUCCCCAAUAAAACCCGCUACCGAGAAGAUCGAGGCUGCAGUGAAUGUGAAGAAACCGAAGCGGAAAACGAAGAAGUCGCCGGAACCCUCGCCUGCCCCCGCCUACCAGGAGGAAAAGUCCGUGUAUGAGCCGCAGGUUGAUGAGGCCGAUGAGGAGAUUGACCAGAAGGAGAUGGCCAAGCGCUUUACCGCUGUCAAGAACGGAGUCACCCCUGGUGGCGGUAGCAAGUCGCAGAAGAAGAGCAAGAAGGCCGCGGCUUCCACCCGGGCCGAGAAGGGCGACAAUCGCUCCGUUUCUCGUACCUCGUCCACCGGUGCGGAUGCCGAUGAUGAUCUGUCCUCCGCCGGCUCUCCCAUGGUCAAUGCUGCUACUUCUUCCGCCGAUUACGUUUCGGAUAUGCUCGAGGCGCCCGCCCCCGGAGCUUCCGUCCUCCGUGUCACUGGUUCCAUGGACUCCGACUCCCAGAAGAAGAAGAAGACCCAGUCCUUCAAGCAGGUCGAAACCAAGAAACAGCGCCAACAGCGUCUGAAGAACGAGGCUCGCAAGCAGCAGGUCCAGGAAGCUGAAGGAGAGAGACGCAAGCUGCUGGAGAAGCAGCUGCACUCCGCUCGUGAAGCUGAGCGUCAGGCGGCAGCCAGCUCGAAGCCGUCGGCGCCUCAGACCAAUGCCUGGCAGACGAAGAGCGCGGCCAACGGCGCCAACGGCACCAACGGCACCAACGGUGUCAGCAGUGCCCCCAAGCCCGCCCGGCCUGCCUCGCUGGACCUCCUGGACACCUUUGAGCCCGGCGCUCCGUCCGCUCAGCCCGCGAAGCAGUGGAGCCAAGGGAUCCCCACGGAGGAGGAGCAGAUGCGCCUCCUCGGUGCUGGCGAUGACCAGUGGACGACUGUCCCCAGCAAGAAGGUCAAGAAGAAGGGUGGCAAGACUGACGAGAGUGAGGCCAGCGCCACGGAGAGCCUGCCCCCCUCGUCGGCCCCUACUCCCGCCCCGGUCGAGCCCAAGGUGAAGGUGACCCCCACCUAUCUCCCUGACGCUCUUCGCUCCGGGCAGAAGGGUCACCCGCUCGACUCCGACUGGGCCGCUUGAAUGACAUGUCUUAAAUUAUCUCCGCUCCCAAAGCCACACCGGCGAAAGGGGGCAGCACCUUCCAUCUCCGCGGGGAACGCGCAGCUUGGACUGUACCUACUACUAUCACUGGAGGAUUUGGCGUUCUCGGUCAUCGACUUUA